AUGGGCGCCACUAUCCCAGCCCAGAUCCAGCAAAGUUCUAUUGAUCAUGUCCCCUUCCCAACAGUUGUACCUUGUCUUGGGGCGUCUUUGGCUUUACGAGAGCCGGAGAAAAAAGUCUUUCUCUUCCUGUCUCAGAUCAUAUUCUGCUGCGUCCACAGAAGAGGAAAUCGCAAUGCCUCUUGCUCAGCAGGCGUAGCUUGGAGUGGGAAUGUAGUGCGGGAGUACAUUAUGGCAGGAUCAGUCACCCGGGAAACCAACCCUCCUCCAAGAAGAAUUGAGCUAUACCCCCCGAUCCCUAUAGAGCGAAAGAGCUGCCUGGUGAUCCCUAGGUUGCAGCACGUCUGGUCGUUAACUCCUCGCCCCCCUGCCGCCGUUUCUAGGACCGACCGACGCCUCACCUGCACAGCUCUUGCAGCUGAGAGGCUGGUGCUAUGGCUAAAACAAGAUCGAAGAACCAUGGAAAAUCAAAAUCUUCUGUUAAAAACUCAAAGAAGAAAGCUGGUAAUGGUGUUCUUGAUGUGGCGAAUUUCUGAAAUCGAGCCAUUGGAGUUCUCGGAUGAGGAAGGUUUGCAAGGGGAGGGUCGACUCAACGAGGGAGGAGAUCGUCAUGAUUUUCAACCUCUAUCUCCCAAUUCUUCAUUAAAAGAGAUUCAAAGGCAGGAUGAGGCUAGGAGUGACGCUCGGAAUGAUUUCAUUCACUUCCUCAUGGCCAACAAUCAAUGUAAUAGUGAAAUACGGCAAGGUAAGAACUCAAUUCCUCCCAUUUUGCGUUCUAAAUCUGUGAUGCAUAACUUGGAGAACUCUUUUAAGGAUACGGAGCAGGGUAAUGAGAAAGAAAUCACUCUUGAUGAUAUUGAAGAGGAGAUUUUGUUUUGGAAUCCUUCAAUCGUGUGCUAUGUUCUUGGAUUUAAUCCACCAUUGCACGUGCUUGAAGGAUUUGCAAAAAGGAUUUGGCAUGAUAAGGUUGACCAAGUGAAAGUUUUGUCACAUGGAAUCUUUAUCAUUCAGUUUACCUCUCUAGAAUUCAGAGACCAGGUGAUGAAUGGGGGAUAUGUUUUCUUCAAUCGCAGACCUGUAAUCUUGAAACCUUGGGACCCUAAUAUCAAUUUCAAGAAAGAGGAUGUCAAGUGUGUCCCAAUUUGGGUACAGCUUGAGGAUCUAGAAUUGAAAUAUUGGGGCCAAAGGUCACUCUUUAAGAUUGUUGGGCAACUUGGUAAGCCUCUUAUGGAGGAUGCUGUCACCAAAGAUAGGGAGAGGUUGAGCUAUGCUAGAGUGUUAAUUGAGGUACAAAUGGACCAACAGCUCCCGAGUAUGAUAGAGUUUGAAAAUGAAUAUGGUCUCAAUAUUUCAGUUAGUGUCAAAUAUGAAUGGAAGCCGAUUAGAUGCUCCCACUGCUCAGGAAUUGGUCAUUUUGUAGAAGAAUGUAAAAAAGCUGUUGUUCCUUCAAAGCAACAGUGGGUAGUGAAAAAUAACAAUAGAAAGACCAAUAUUCCUGAUGUACCUGAUGCAGAUGGUUUUAUCAAGAUUUCAAAAGGGGCGAGAGUGGAUAGAAGUGAAAAGCAGCAGGUGCCUCCUGUAGUAAGAAUGGAGAAUACUUUUCAUGCUCUUAGCUUGGAGGAGCAAGAUGGAAAUAGUGGGGGAAUCAAUGCUAAAUAUGGAAUUGACAAGGCCACAACAGAUGGAAAGAAUAUAGACAAUACAAGAGGGGGGGGGGGGGAGGUUGAUUUUGUGGGUCUCCUCGAGACUAGGGUAAAGGCUCCAAAGCUUGGAGCCUUGUACUCUAAUAUUUUUGAUGGAUGGUGCUUCUCUUCAAACAUUGCUUGGAAUCCGAGAGGUAAAACUGCGAUUGCUUGGAAUCCUUAUAGAUUUAAUGCUGAUAUCAUAAAAUGUACUAGCCAACUAAUGCAUUUGAGGAUUUCAACUAUUGAGGGAUUCAACAGUUUUCUCACGGUUGUAUAUGCUUCAAACAACAGGGGAGAGAGGAAAGUACUUUGGAAGGACUUGUGUGAAUUAUAUUCUGAUGGAAACUGGUGUGUGAUGGGGGAUUUCAAAGAUAUCCUAGCUAAGGAAGAGAGGGUGGGGCAUAGGGUAAGAUCCUAUCCUGAUUCUGAUUUCCUUACUUGUGUGAAUUAUUGCAAACUUGAAGAUGUUAAAUCUAGUGGGAAUUUUUUCACUUGGACUAAUAAACAACCAGGGGCUGAUAGGAUUUAUUCCAAGAUAGACAGGAUCAUGGCCAACCAAGCUUGGAUUGAAAAAUACGAGUUUGCUGAAGCUGUAUUUCUUAACGAGGGACUUUUUGAUCAUUCUCCAGCAAUCCUUUCCUUGCAUCCUCAUGUGGUGGUGGGGAAAAAGCCGUUCAAAUACUUUAGGAUGUGGAAAUCCCAUACUAAGUAUGAUUCUAUGUUAAGAGAUGUAUGGAAAUUGAAAAUAUCGGGUAACCAAAUGUACCAGGCUGUUUGUAAACUAAAGCUAUUCAAAGAGAGAUUGAGAAAGUUAAACAAGGAAGUAUACAGUGAUUUGCAACAGCAGGUUCAUGAGGCCAAGGAAACUUUCGACAGACUCCAAAACCAGCUGGAACAAUAG